ACCUCCGCCCCCCGGCGGAGCGCGCGGUCCCGGGCGGGGCGGGGCAGAGCGGAGGUGCUGAUGGAGGUUGGCAGCCUGCCAGUGGAGCUGUGGCGGCUCAUAUUAUCCUACCUGCACCUCCCUGACCUGGGACGCUGCAGCUUGGUCUGCAGGGCCUGGUACGAACUCAUCCUCAGCCUGGACAAAACACGCUGGCGGCAGCUCUGCCUGGGCUGCCUCGAGCACAGACACCCCAACUGGCCCAACAAGCCUGGUGUGGAGCCACAGUCCUGGAGAGAGGCCUUCAAACAGCACUAUCUGGCCUCCAAAACCUGGAUCAAAAACACGCAGGACCUGGAAUCCUCCAAUUGCCUCUCCCUCUUCCGGAGGAGGAAGGGCCGGCGCCGGCUCUGCGUCGGGGCAGGGGGUGAGUUUGGCAGCCUCCGGGCCGCCUUGGCGGCCGCCAGCCCCUACGACCGCCUUGUGCUGCUGCCUGGCGUGCAUGAGGAGCAGGGUGAGGUGCUGCUGAAGGUGCCCGUGGAGGUUGUGGGGCAGGGCAAGCUGGGAGAUGUGGCGCUGCUGGCAAGUAUCGACCAGCACUGCCCUACUGCACGCCUCUGCAACAUGGUCUUCAUGCCAGCCCGCUUUACCUCGGUGCUCUACAAGACAACCUCAGGCUACGUCCAGUUCGACAAUUGCAACUUUGAAAGUGGGCAGCUGCAGAUCCAUGCACCAGGGACGUGCCAGGUGAAGUUCUGCACCUUCAGCCAGUCCAGCAUCCACCUCCGCAGUGUGGCCCUCUGCAUCCUGGAGAACUGCGAGUUCACCGGCAGUGAGAGUGCCUCUGUAACUGUGGAGGGCUGCCCGAGCUCUGACUGUAACUGGGCCUGCAAGCACCUGGCCGUGCUGGCCAAGUCCUGCGCAGUGUCCAUGCAGGAGCCUGACCCAGCCAGCUGCCCCAUGGCCAGGCAGGUUGGCUGGGGGAAAUCGCUCCUGGGGCCAGUGAGAACAUGCAAGAUUGUUGUAGAAGAACAAAGCAGCUUCCUGUCUGCUGUGGGUGCUCAAGCUCUGCUUGGCUCAGCCCAGGAAGAUACUGAAUUUGGAGACAACCUGCAGGCAGCAAAGGAGGAGGAGUACCUGGCCCUCGACUCAAACUCCAGUGACAGUGACUUACACAGCGAUGAUGAAGAGGAUGUUCAGGCUGCAUACAAACUGCCCUACCAAGCCCACAGCCUGAGUCCAAUGCUUGCUGACGUUACACACAGCAGGCUUCAAAGCAACAGACUGCAUGCCCUUCAGAGGGACCUUAAGCUCAAGUCUCUGCAGCAGGAGCUGCAGCAGGACAAGGAGGCCCAGUCUUUGGCCAGCUCUCUGCAAGGCUGCAUCAUCCGACAGUGCCUUUUCAGGGAUGGGAAGGGAGGAAUAUUCAUUUAUUCACGAGGGCAAGCAAAACUGGAAGGAAGCAUCUUCAGGGAUCUGACCUACGCAGUGCGCUGCAUACAAAACAGUAAGGUUAUCAUGCUGAGGAAUGACAUCCACCAUUGCAAAGCAUCAGGGAUAUUCCUGCGCCUGUCAGCAGGAGGCCUAAUUGCGGACAACAACAUCCAUUCGAACUGUGAGGCUGGAGUGGACAUUCGUAAGGGAGCCAAUCCCCUUGUUCUGUGCAAUAAGAUACACAGUGGCCUUCGCUCAGGCAUUGUCGUCGUUGGCAACGGAAAAGGCAUCAUCCGUAGCAAUCAGAUCUAUGGGAAUAAAGAAGCUGGCAUUUAUAUUCUGUAUAAUGGAAACCCUGCUGUGAGUGGGAACCAUAUUUUCCAGGGACUGGCUGCUGGAAUAGCAGUGAAUGAGAACGGGAGAGGCCAAAUCACAGGGAACGUCAUCUGUGAGAACCAGUGGGGCGGGGCAGACAUCCGCCAUGGGGGCGACCCCAUCCUCAGGAACAACCUUAUCUCCUGCGGCUACUCAGACGGUGUGGUGGUGGGCGAGAGCGGGAAGGGCCUUAUCGAAGGCAAUGCCAUCUACGGCAACAAGGGCUGCGGCGUGUGGAUGGUGUCCUCCAGCCUCCCGCACCUCAUCAACAACCAGAUCAGCCACAACAGCAUCUAUGGGGUGGCAGUGUUCUGCCGCAAGGACCAUGCUGGAGACUACCUCCCUGGCCAGGGGGGUGGCGAGAACUUCCAGGAGGAGAGGGAGGGUGCUGGUGGGGAGAAUGAUCCUGACAGUGAGGAGGAGUACCUGGCUGCCCGGCAUCCCAUCAGCGUGGCACUGGUGGAGUUGAACAGCAUCAACCACAAUGGAGCUGCUGGGUUGCACGUCAAGAGCAGCGAAGCGCUCAACAUCAUUGCUAAUGUAAUUCACGCCAACCGUGAUGGUGGGGUGGCCGUGCUGCAGAGCAGCCAGCUGACACGCAUUGCAGAUAACAGCAUUUCCUGCAACAGCCGGGGAGGUGUGCUGGUCGAGGCUGAGUGCCAGGUGGAGCUGCGUGGCAAUGGCAUCUAUGAGAACAGCAGCCACGGCAUUGUCUCCAAGGGAGAGGGUGUCAUCAUGGAGAACGACAUCAUUGGCAACCACAGGUGUGGCCUUCAGCUGCUCCAGGCAGCAGACAUGAAGGUGACCAAGAACAGGAUCCAGUCCUUUCGGGACUAUGGGAUUGCUCUUUUUGAUGAAGCCAAAGGCCUGGUGCAGGAAAACCUCAUUUUCCAAGGGAGAUCCAAGAAAUCCAUUUUGCGACCAGUGUCAAAUGCACAGGAUUGCAUCAUUCAAAACAACAUGCUUCUCACCUUCAAGAAAAGGUUUGAUAUGGAGUGCAUGCUGACCAACCCCCCAGCACGGCCUCACAUUGAAAGAGGUGCCCCGAGGUCCUGCACGGCGGCUGAUAGUCAGAGAGUUUCCAGCAUAACCACCAGGGUGGAUGGGGGCUGCCACAACCAUGGGAGCAUCUUCUGCACCAUUCUUUGACCAGGGAAGAGGUUUCUUCACUGGUUUCUCUGCCUGCCUUUUCUCCAGAGCUGCCACCAGGAAGCUCUCACAUCUCAGGAAUGGGGAACCCCAUUGGACUGUACUCUCUUUUCAUGAAGGAUUUUGCAACUUCAGUGGCUCCUCACUAAAUAAAAAAUAGCUGGGAGAACAGCUGUUAAUUUCUUCCUCUUUGCCCACUGAGAGCACUGCUGGGGUAAAUUACAAGUGAGCAGUUCCUUAGAUGAAAUGUGCUCCUGGCAGGACCACCAGUGCGCCUGGCCGGGCAUCCCCAGCCUGAGUGCUGGACAAACCUCUCUUCCUAUGGGGCCUGCGGCAUUAUUUAUUUGGGAAUCACUUGCUUUGAAUCUGCUUUCUCAGUGACCACCUGCAUUUAUGCCAGAAGACUCAGAGGCUGACGUGUCCUCUGUGGUCUUUCUCAAUUUCUGUCUGUGCUGAUUCUGACCCAGAAGGGGCACACAGAUCAGUGCAGAUAGACGUAUGCGCAGACAUGCAUACCUGCAGUACGGGUCCUUCCAGCAACUGGGCUCAGAUGCUGUCUGCCCAGUACCUGCUCCUGGGUACCAUUAUCCCCAGUUUCUGCCACAAGGACUUACAAGCCCCUGGAGGCUGCAGGCCACUCUCACCAGACAGGCAGACAGACAGACAGACACAGACAGAGAGAGUGCCUGGUCUCCCAAACCCUUUCACCUCCUCAUUGUAGCAGCCCCAUGCAGAUGCAGAUCCCCACACACCACCAGUGCUGGCACCCGCUCCGAAGGGACAGCCCUCAACCCAGGAAGAAUUAGAAACAGCAUUUGGUGAGCAGGCAGGACAGACUGCAUUCAUCGGGCCCAGGCGUGGCCAGACCAGCAUCUGUCCUUGGCCACCAGCCUCCUGUUUACAUACAAUGGGACACUUUUUAUCCCCUUACUCCUCUGUUUUCCCACUUUUUUUUUUCCCCAAAUCGCCUUGAUCCCUGCGUUUCCAACAUUUGCUCCCUCCCCAGGCAUCCUGCAAAAAGCCUGUGCAAUCCUGGAAUGCUCUUCCCUUCCACGCUGUAGUGUCUCCCUUAGCCCUGGCAGUGACCCCUGGGGCUGUGAGGUGCUCAGGGGAGGCUGGGUGUCCCCAGCCCACGGGGCUGAGCUCCCCUGGGACUGGGAGGGACUGGGCAGGGGCUCAUGGUUCUGGGGGCGUCACUGGCAAUCCCCUGCUGUCCCCUGGGGCUUGGUGCUCUUGCUUUGGGGAGACAGAGGUGUGCACGCUGUAACCUCACACCACCAGCUAGUGGUUUCUGCCUUGUCAUUCCCCUACCUGAAACUGGCAGUCGGUUCCCAACUGGAUUUUCUUUGUCUCAUUCACAUAAUGAGUGUCCAGACACAUUUCUCCUUUGCUAUGAUCACAGCAUGAUGUCAUCUGCUGCUUCUCUGCAGACCGAUGCUGUAAGACAAUACAAUCCAUUUUUUUUUAAAAGGAGAGGUACUAUUUUCUGUAAUUUCAGGAAAACUGUCUGCUGCAAAUAAAAUGCUAUAUUUUAAAAGUUGUCUA